UUGCUACCGUGUUAUAUUGACGACAAUGAAACAAUUGUCCGCGUCCGGUGGUACAAGAACGAUGAGCUGCUGGGAGAUACCCUGGAUCAGCACCACCUGCUCCCGCCCAGGAUACGUAUGCACGUCAACUAUAGCCUGCAAAUCGACGCCCUGAGUGCACAUGAUACUGCUGAUUACACUUGUGAGGUCGUCCGGCCAGAACCAUGGGGUCCGAUCAAGCAAACACACUCCAUUGAAGUACAAUACGCGCCAGUAGUGAAAGUAGAUCGGAGCUUCGUUCACACUGCGAUUGGGCUCCGCGCGGCACUAGAGGCGACGCUGGAGUUUGCAGCACCUCCCGCCAAUACCGCCUGGUUCAAGGAUGGCAGCCCGGUCAAGACUGAUGACAGGGUAAUAAUUAUGGUUCAAGAAAACUCCCAUCAGCUAAUAUUUCGAUCCGUAAGGAAAUCGGAUUUCGGCAAUUACACCUUCCGCGCCGAGAAUAAACUGGGAAUGGCUGACGUCUCCUUUAAACUUACUGGGCAAAAGGGGAAGAAACUGGAUGUUUGGCGUAUCGGGCUCGGAUGCAUCGCUUUUUUGCAGAGCUGGAGCCAUCUCUAUCCGUCACUGAGCAAAACCUGGCAGACCGAGUUAGGUACAUCCUGCGCUCCAACAUAUUUGGUGACGCCGAACUCGAGCGACUACGACGUGAGGCUAUUCCUUCAUCGAAUGGAAAUGGCUACGGCUGGGAAUGCGGCGCCACUAGAUGCGCAACAAACUGCAUAUGUGGAUGCUGCCGUCAACAUUCCAUUUGUGGCUAAUUCAGACGAUGAUGGAAUAGUCUCCCACGAACUAGAGAAAAUGAGGAGCAUAUUGGAAGAGUCGAUGCUGGAAACGCGCAGCAUGCCUCUCGAAAAUCGACCGCGACUUCCCCGCAUACCCCUUAGCAAGCGAAAUCGGGCUGUCGUGCGGGCUCUUAACCCAAUGCUGGUGACCUAUUUGGAAGCCAGCCGGGACCUUUGCGAGACGGAUUCAAUUCUUUUUGGCGCCGCACUGGCAGUAUGCCGUAUUAUUGGCGCCAAACUUCCCGUGGCUGGACGUGCUACUCAAAAAAGUAGCGCCAUCCCAGCCUGGAGAAAAAGAAUUGAGGACCGUAUCGCAAAGGCAAGGGCCCUUAUCGGCAGACUGACAAGCUUCAGGUCGGGUAAUAAUAGACCGAGGAUUAUGCGCACCGUUAGGAUGGCGUUUGCUGGGACAAAUAUCAAUUUGUUCCAGCCGGAUAUCACGCAAAAACUAACGGAGCGCAUAGAUGACCUGAAGCAAAAAAUCGCUGCUUGGGGGAAGCGGAUUCGACGAUUUAGCGAGAGGUCAAGGCGGUUCAACCAGAAUCGUCUCUUCCAGAGUGAUCAGAAGAGGCUCUAUAAAACAUUGGAGCGACCAAAGGUAUGUGGAGCGGGCCCAGGACCGGAUCAGGCCGACACUGUCGCAUUUUGGCGUGGCCUGUGGUCAGAGCCCGUAAACCACAGCGAGGGCCCUUGGACGGAAGUUGUGGCGAGCCAGAGUGCAAGUGUUACGCCUAUGGACCCCGUCACUAUAACGCCUGAAGACGUGGCUGAGGCGAGCAGCCUCUCUAUCCGUCACGCAAAACCUGCAGACCGAGUUAGGUACAUCCUGCGCUCCAACAUAUUUGGUGACGCCGAACUCGAGCGACUACGACGUGAGGCUAUUCCUUCAUCGAAUGGAAAUGCUACGGCUGGGAAUGCGGCGCCACUAGAUGCGCAACAAACUGCAUAUGUGGAUGCUGCCGUCAACAUUCCAUUUGUGGCUAAUUCAGACGAUGAUGGAAUAGUCUCCCACGAACUAGAGAAAAUGAGGAGCAUAUUGGAAGAGUCGAUGCUGGAAACGCGCAGCAUGCCUCUCGAAAAUCGACCGCGACUUCCCCGCAUACCCCUUAGCAAGCGAAAUCGGGCUGUCGUGCGGGCUCUUAACCCAAUGCUGGUGACCUAUUUGGAAGCCAGCCGGGACCUUUGCGAGACGGACUCAAUUCUUUUUGGCGCCGCACUGGCAGUAUGCCGUAUUAUUGGCGCCAAACUUCCCGUGGCUGGACGUGCUACUCAAAAAAGUAGCGCCAUCCCAGCCUGGAGAAAAAGAAUUGAGGACCGUAUCGCAAAGGCAAGGGCCCUUAUCGGCAGACUGACAAGCUUCAGGUCGGGUAAUAAUAGACCGAGGAUUAUGCGCACCGUUAGGAUGGCGUUUGCUGGGACAAAUAUCAGUUUGUUCCAGCCGGAUAUCACGCAAAAACUAACGGAGCGCACAGAUGACCUGAAGCAAAAAAUCGCUGCUUGGGGGAAGCGGAUUCGACGAUUUAGCGAGAGGUCAAGGCGGUUCAACCAGAAUCGUCUCUUCCAGAGUGAUCAGAAGAGGCUCUAUAAAUCAUUGGAGCGACCAAAGGUAUGUGGAGCGGGCCCAGGACCGGAUCAGGCUGACACUGUCGCAUUUUGGCGUGGCCUGUGGUCAGAGCCCGUAAACCACAGCGAGGGCCCUUGGAUGGAAGUUGUGGCGAGCCAGAGUGCAAGUGUUACGCCUAUGGACCCCGUCACCAUAACGCCUGAAGACGUGGCUGAGGCGGUCCGUAGGGCCCCGAACUGGAAAAAGCUGGAGCCAUCUCUAUCCGUCACUGAGCAAAACCUGGCAGACCGAGUUCGGUACAUCCUGCGCUCCAACAUAUUUGGUGACGCCGAACUCGAGCGACUACGACGUGAGGCUAUUCCCUCAUCGAAUGGAAAUGCUACGGCUGGGAAUGCGGCGCCACUAGAUGCGCAACAAACCGCAAACGUGGAUGCUGCCGUCAACAUUCCAUUUGUGGCUAAUUCAGACGAUGAUGGAAUAGUCUCCCACGAACUAGAGAAAAUGAGGAGCAUAUUGGAAGAGUCGAUGCUGGAAACGCGCAGCAUGCCUCUCGAAAAUCGACCGCGACUUCCCCGCAUACCCCUUAGCAAGCGAAAUCGGGCUGUCGUGCGGGCUCUUAACCCAAUGCUGGUGACCUAUUUGGAAGCCAGCCGGGACCUUUGCGAGACGGACUCAAUUCUUUUUGGCGCCGCACUGGCAGUAUGCCGUAUUAUUGGCGCCAAAUUUCCCGUGGCUGGACGUGCUACUCAAAAAAGUAGCGCCAUCCCAGCCUGGAGAAAAAGAAUUGAGGACCGUAUCGCAAAGGCAAGGGCCCUUAUCGGCAGACUGACAAGCUUCAGGUCGGGUAAUAAUAGACCGAGGAUUAUGCGCACCGUUAGGAUGGCGUUUGCUGGGACAAAUAUCAGUUUGUCCCAGCCGGAUAUCACGCAAAAACUAACGGAGCGCAUAGAUGACCUGAAGCAAAAAAUCGCUGCUUGGGGGAAGCGGAUUCGACGAUUUAGCGAGAGGUCAAGGCGGUUCAACCAGAAUCGUCUCUUCCAGAGUGAUCAGAAGAGGCUCUAUAAAACAUUGGAGCGACCAGAGGUAUGUGGAGCGGGCCCAGGACCGGAUCAGGCUGACACUGUCGCAUUUUGGCGUGGCCUGUGGUCAGAGCCCGUAAACAACAGCAAAGGCCCUUGGACGGAAGUUGUGGCGAGCCAGAGUGCAAGUGUUACGCCUAUGGACCCCGUCACCAUAACGCCUGAAGACGUGGCUGAGGCGGUCCGUAGGGCCCCGAACUGGAAAAGUCCGGGGCUCGACGGGCUGCAUCAUUACUGGCUGAAGGGGGAAUUGACGACCCCAUCGCCCGCUGACGUAACAGUUAAGUGA